AUGUUCUUCCACGACUGCUUCGUCAGGGUGCAGACCCUCGAAUAACCUAGUCAGUCUGUAUAAAUAUCCCUACAUUUCUACUGAUCUCCUCCUCGUCGCAGGGCUGCGAUGCCUCGGUGCUGCUGAACACGACGACCAACAGCACCGCCGAGAAGGAUGCCGGCCCCAACCGGACGCUGCAGGGCUUCGAUGUCGUCGAGCAGGCGAAGGCCGCCGUGGAGGCGGUGUGCCCGGGGAUCGUCUCCUGCGCCGACGUUCUGGCCAUGGCCAGCAGAGACUCCGUCUCCUUCCAGGUCCCCAUCUCCGUCUUCCUCCACGAGAAAACUGAAACCCUAAGUGUGGGUUUCAGUUUCUCUCUCUCUCGCUACAUUUUAGCUUCCCUCAUUUUUUUUUACAGUUGCUUCUGUGGUGGAUCAGAUCAACAGGUCGGCGUGGAAGGUGCAGACCGGCAGGAGGGACGGGCUCGUCUCGCGGGCAUCGGAGACGGCGGGGAACAUCCCGGGGCCCAACGCCAACUUCACCUCCCUCCUGCAGAACUUCCAGAGUAAGAGCCUCACCCUCAAGGACCUCGUCGUCCUCUCCGGCGCGCACACAAUCGGAGUUAGGCACUGCAGCAUCAUCAACCGGAGGCUCUACAACUUCACGGGGAAGGGCGACACUGACCCGGCGCUGAACGCGACCUACGCCGCCGUCCUGAAGAGCCAGUGCCCUCCGGGCGAUGCAGUGGCGACAGUCGGCAUGGACCCCGGCAGCAGCGUCUCCUUCGACAACCAAUACUACCAGGCGCUGAAGCAGGGGAAGGGCUUCUUCCAGUCCGACGCCACCUCUUGACAGACACGAGGUCGAGCAAGAUCGUGGGGAAGCUGCUUCUCGGGUCGUCGGAUUUCCUGACGGAGUUUGGGCAGUCGAUGAAAAAGAUGGGGGCCAUCGAAGCCCUCACCGGCGCCGCCGGGGAGAUCAGGAGGACCUGUGCUGUCGUCAACUCGUAG